AUGUCGCAUCGCCUGCUUUAUCGCGGUGCUCUCACUUUGCCCGAUUCACAUUUACUGCUCGAUGGCGUCAGCUUCACGGCGGCGCUUUCUACGGGGGAAGACGAGAUAGGGAAAGAUUCCAGCAGGAACUUGGGAUUAGACCUGCUCAACCACCCGCUUGCACUAGCUUUGGAGAGUAUGCGUGGUCGACCGAGCCUGCACUUUCUUGGCGCAAUCAAACUUUCGGAGGUCUGGAUCGACGAGAAGAGUACAGGUGUCGUCAGCAUGGACGUCCAUCCACAAGCAAGCCUUACCAGAAUGUACUUCGAGACGUUGUUCUGCCUGGACGGAGGCAUCACUCCAUUCGGCAGGAGUGAGUACGGCUUCCGUAUAAGCCUCAGCGAUAAUGAUGAUCCAAGUGCGAGCGACAUCCUCGUAUACGCUCAGGUCUCGGCAAAUGACUGCGCUGCUAGCAUGAUAGACCAUCCAUCAACCUCAAAUGCACCGUCAGAGCCGAUACAAAUUGUCGCUGCUCGCCUCCUCCCUGGUCCACCUCCUGCACCCGUACCAGCUCGACCAAGACCCGACGACCCGACACCUCGCAUUCCGCCCUCUGCCCUUGCAUCGAAACGGAAGCGCGACAUAUCUCCCGCAGGACAAGAUAAACGAAGCAGAACCACAACGGAUAGGGGCAAGGAGAAAGCCACCGCUAACGACAUUGACGCGGAGGCGUUGCGCAAAGCGCGUGAAACGAUGAAGCGCAUGCCGAAGCCUUCGACGACUUCGACUGCAGCACCAGUAGCCGCAAGGGCAAAUGGCAAGGAGAGUAAGAGGGGGGAAUUCAAGGUUCCCAAAGUGCCACAAUGGACUGAAUCAGUACCAAGUCCUAUGGACGACGGGGAUAUGUUCGGGGCAGGCUACGCGGCGGGAACACCGGCCCAAUCUCCGGAAGAGCAGGAGAAAACGAAUAAAACGGCAAGUCAUUCUCCGUUUGUCGUCGUCAAGCAGGCUACCGUACGCUGUCUGGCGGAUCAUGCGAUCAACAAACAGCAUCCAGAGUUCAACGACCUAUACCAGACCAUCUAUCGUGGAGCAUCCUUUGCCCUGUUGUACAUUACAUCACAUCAACACAUAUAG